GGGGGUGCUGUUGGGAAACGGACCGGCUUGGAGGAGAAGCGAGUAGUGAGAGGUAUCCAUGGCCGGUGCGAGCGUUGUUCCUUCUGAUCCCAAGUCUGGCGGCCUUCGCCGGCUGAAUGUGAACGUGGGCGUCCUGGGCCACAUCGACAGCGGCAAGACCGCCUUGGCCCGAGCGCUCAGUACCAUCGGCUCCACCGCCGCUUUCGACAGGGCCCCACAGAGCCGAGCUCGGGGCAUCACCCUGGACCUGGGCUUCUCUUGUCUCUGCACCGAGCUGCCUCCGCACCUGGGGCCCGAGCCUGGGCUGCUCCAGCUGACCCUGGUGGACUGCCCGGGACACGCCUCUCUUAUCCGUACCAUUAUUGGAGGUGCUCAGAUUAUUGACUUGAUGAUGCUUGUGAUAGAUAUAACAAAAGGGAUGCAGACUCAGUCAGCAGAGUGCUUGGUGAUUGGACAGAUUGCAUGCCAAAGGAUGAUAGUGGUUUUGAACAAAAUCGACCUUCUUCCAGAGGUUAAGCGACAAGCUGCCAUUGACAAGAUGACCAAGAAAAUGCAGAAGACCCUGGAAAAUACUAAGUUCCAUGGAUGUCCUAUAGUUUCUGUUGCAGCAAAACCUGGUGGUCCAGAAGCCCCAGAAACUGUGACUCCAGUGGGAGUUUCUGAACUAAUUGAGGUCCUGAAGUCAGAGGCUUAUAUACCAACAAGAGAUCCUUCAGGAUCAUUCCUUAUGGCCAUUGACCACUGUUUUUCCAUUAAGGGUCAAGGCACUGUGAUGACAGGAACAGUUCUUUCAGGCUCAGUUAAUAUUGGAGACAAUGUGGAGAUUCCUGCCUUGAAGGUGACAAAGAAAGUAAAGUCGAUGCAGAUGUUUCAUACACCAGUAACAUAUGCUAUGCAAGGGGAUAGGGUUGGAAUCUGUGUAACCCAGUUUGAUCCAAAGCUGUUGGAACGAGGCCUGAUUUGUACACCUGAAUCUCUCCAGACGAUCCAUGCUGCCAUUAUCUCUUUAAAGAAAAUCCCAUAUUUUCGAGGUACUCUUCAGACCAAAGCAAAGUUUCAUAUUACAGUUGGCCAUGAGACUGUUAUGGGAAGAGUGAUGUUCUUCAGCCCAACUCCUAAUGACUUCAGUAAAGUACCUCUGGAAACUUAUUUUGAUUUUGAAAAGGAAUAUCUUUAUCAAGAGGAAUAUCUUUCCAGUGAUUCAAAGUCCUCAGAAGAAAACAAGGAGAAUGGCCAGGUUGGAGAAAGACAGCUCCCAAAACAACAGUGGGCCUUACUUGAGUUUGAAAAACCAGUUACUUGUCCUAAAUUUUGUCUUGUAAUUGGCUCAAAACUGGACACUGAUAUUCAUGCAAAUACUUGCAGACUGGCAUUUCAUGGAAUACUCCUGCAUGGAAUGGAAGAGAAAAAUUAUACAGAGGAAUGUCUGCCAAAACUCAAGGUUUACAAGUUGAAACAUAAAGAAGGACAAGUGGAACGGCUGUGUGAUGAUUACAGCGUGAUUGGUCGUUCAUUAUUUAAAAAAGAAACAAACAUCCAAAUGUUUGUGGGGUUGAAGGUCAAGCUUUCUACAGGAGAGGAAGGUGUAAUAGAAGGUGGCUUUGGACAGAGUGGAAAAUUUAAAGUCCGCAUUCCAGAUGGGGUGAAGCUGGAAACAAAGGCACUUCUGACUGCCAUCUCCAAGAAGAAGCCCAAGGCAGGGAAGGGGGAUUCAGCAAAAGAGGAUGAAAGCAACAAGGUUGACUCAGUUCAUCCUGUUCAUAUCACUCUUCUUUUUAAAAGAUAUGUCUUUGAUUCACAGAAGAAAAUGAUUCAGUCCUGAGCCACAUCUGAAGUCUUAAAGGCGCUACACCAGAAUGACUUGACAGCAGGUUCCAUGGACUGUUCAUAUUGGCCUUCUCUGGUCAACUGACUUCCUCUCCCUUUCUCCCUCCCUCUCCUUCCCUCCCCAUGCUUUCCAGUUCCAGCCUGCUGUGGUACAGAUACAUGAAGGUAGAUGAUACUUUUUUGCAGGUGGUAGAAAUGCUUUCAUAUUAAUAUAUACAAUUUAAAUUUUCUCAUAUUUUUGAUAAUCAGAUAUUCUAAUUGAACCAAUAAAUGAAAUUAACGGAAAGCCCAACAAUGAAAAGUGAAAUGCAAAUACUGUAUGACAUGAAGUGCUUACAUUCUUUUAUGUUCAAGAAUACAAAUGCACUAUGUAUAGGGCAGGGAUUCUUUUGUGAGGGAGGUUUGUAUUUUGAGUACCAUUUCAACUGUCUCCCGUUUCAAAACAUCUUCAGGGAUGUACAUAACGUCACGGUAUAUCGUUAAGCUUUUCUGUUUCAUGGUUCAUAAGGGAUUUUGUAUACAUUUUUGGAUGUACACCUUUCUAAAUGUGAAAUUAAUCUAUUUUUUUCUCUCCCCCCUCUAGAAAAAUUGAGAAAAGAAUAAAAUUUCCCUGCUCAUUUCCCUGAAUAAAAUAAAUACUAUUCAACGUCACAGAAACAUCUCUAUUUUUAUUACCAACUAUCAAAUUAUUAAGAUUUUUUCAGUUGCAUAAUAAUUUUAUUUGGGCGAAACAAUAGUAAACUGUACUUAUAAAACCCUUUAUUAAGUCACAGAUUCAGCAUCCUCUUUCUCUUCCCGAUCAAAAUUCACUCAUUCUGCAGCAAAGCCAAAAAUCAGAAGGGAAGAUCCAAGAUCAACCAUACAUAGGGAGUAGAGCAGGGUCAGUGUUUUAGGCUUUGGAUUCUACUGUUAACUGAAGGUUGGAGGGGCCCCCUGUGUAGUCUGGGAAUUGGUCAUAGAUAGAUUCCGGAAUGUGGAGUUUUUGUGGCCCGUUAGACUUAGGAGCACUAGUUCUCACAAUUUAUAUGCUUUCUUAGAUUUCUGCCAAUUUAAAAAAUGGGAACCAAUUUUUCAAUGACUGCUGCAUAUCAAAUUCUUUAUUUAAAUUUAUUUCUGAGUGGUUUGUGUAUUUUGUGAUGGGGAAAAUUUUACACAUAAACUGGGAAGGCUAAGUUAAUGUAAUGUCAAAUGUAGCUGCAAAGAAGUUCAAGAAAUUUCUUAUACAUUUGUUCAAAAAUCAUUUUACUUGAUGAAUGAAGAGAGAUAUGUCACAAACCUUAAGUAAAGGUUUAUUUUAACCAUGAUUGAGUACACAUGCAAGAACCAUUUUGCAAAUGAGCAAAGUAAUCAUGUAUUAUUUAGGAAAUAAAUUCUCAAUUUCUUUCUCCUCUGGUGCCAAUAAACAGAUGAAACAUCCUAGCAGCAAUAAAGACAGUUUGGCCUGAAUUUUU